GUGUCGCCUCCUCCCGGGACCGCGGCGGCGGCGGCGGCGGCGGCUCCGGCUCGGCUCCGCGUCGGGCCGGCCCCGCGGCCGUUCAUGGGCAGCCAGGGCCGCUCGGGGCCCCCCGGGAACGGCGGGCCAGGGGAGGGCGAGGGCGGGGAGGCGAGGAAGCUGCAGGAAGGGAGGGUCGCGAGGGGAAAGCGAAGGAAGGGGAAGGGGAAGGGAAAAGCUGGCGCAGGGCAAGGCGGAAGAGGAAGCGGGGCGGAAGGGAAGCCGGGGCCGCGGAAGGCGAAGGAGGCAGCGCAGCCGGCGGCUGAGGCGGGAGCGAGGGCCGGCCCGGCGGAGGGAGUAGAGCGGGGCGGAAGCGUGGAGGAAGGGGCGAGGAGCCUCGUACAGGGAGACGAGGGGCGAGCAGGCGCCAGGGACAAGGCACAAGUUAGAGACGAUGGGAAGGAGGCAUGGAGGGUCCGGACUGGACGGCGGGAGGAUACCAGGCCGGGCAGAGCACAGAGACGAGGGAGUCAGGCUUGGGGCGGCCUCGCGGGGACAGGGGCGGCCAUGGCGGCAGCAGCUGAGGAGGAGGCAGCGGCUCGCCCGCCCGCCGCGCGCCCGACUGCUGGGUCCGCGCUGUGGCGCCUGCCGGAGGAGCUGCUGCUGCUCAUCUGCUCCUACCUGGACAUGCGGGCCCUCGGCCGCCUGGCCCAGGUGUGCCGCUGGCUGCGGCGCUUCACCAGCUGCGACCUGCUCUGGCGCCGGAUAGCCCGGGCCUCGCUCAACUCCGGCUUCACCCGGCUCGGCACCGACCUGAUGACCAGUGUCCCAGUGAAGGAACGGGUGAAGGUGUCUCAGAACUGGAGGCUGGGGCGCUGUCGAGAGGGGGUUCUGCUGAAGUGGAGAUGCAGGCAAAUGCCCUGGAUGCAACUAGAGGAUGAUUCUCUGUAUGUAUCCCAGGCUAAUUUCAUCCUGGCCUACCAGUUCCGCCCAGAUGGUGCCAGCCUGAACCGUCGGCCCCUGGGAGUCUUCGCGGGGCAUGAUGAGGACGUUUGUCACUUCGUGCUAGCCAACUCGCAUAUUAUCAGUGCAGGAGGAGAUGGGAAGAUUGGCAUUCAUAAGACUCACAGCACCUUCACUGUCAAGUACUCGGCUCAUGAACAGGAGGUGAAUUGUGUGGAUUGCAAAGGGGGCAUCAUUGUGAGUGGCUCCAGGGACAGGACGGCCAAGGUAUGGCCUUUGGCCUCAGGCCGGCUGGGGCAGUGCUUACACACCAUCCAGACUGAAGACCGAGUCUGGUCCAUUGCUAUCAGCCCAUUACUCAGGCCUGGGACCAGUCAGAGGCCUCCUCAGGAGGCAGCUGUGCCUGUGCUGGCGCCCUUCACCUGGCCCCCACCCCUCCAAAGUCUGAGAGCCCACUUGCCCGCUCGAAUGGUUUCCAAGUGUCUAUUAUGUUUCCAGCCCAGCUCUUUUGUGACUGGAACGGCUUGUUGUGGGCACUUCUCACCCCUGAGAAUCUGGGACCUCAACAGUGGGCAGCUGAUGACGCACCUGGGCAGCGACUUCCCCCCAGGAGCGGGGGUGCUGGACGUCAUGUAUGAGUCCCCUUCCACGCUGCUGUCCUGUGGCUAUGAUACCUACGUUCGCUACUGGGACCUCCGCACCAGUGCCCGGAAAUGUGUCAUGGAGUGGGAGGAGCCCCACGACAGCACCCUGUACUGCCUGCAGACGGAUGGCAACCAUCUGCUGGCCACGGGUUCCUCCUACUACGGUGUCGUCCGGCUGUGGGACAGGCGCCAAAGGGCCUGCCUGCAUGCCUUCCCGCUAACAUCGACGCCGCUGAGCAGUCCUGUGUACUGCCUGCGCUUCACCACCACGCAUCUCUACGCUGCGCUGUCUUACAACCUCCAUGUCCUGGACUUUCGAAAUCCAUGACAGUCAGGCCCCCUCGCCUGCGGGCCAUCAGCUACUCAGGGACCUCCCUCGUCUGGAGGGUGCAGCGAUACCUCCUCCCCCACCCCGCUGUGCUCCCAGACCUGUGGCCACCGUGUUCAGGCACUGUAAGCUAGAAGCCAUGACUGCUGCGAACCCUGAGGGCAGCCCCCCAACCCCAACUGAGUGUGCAGCUGAACUGGGCCUCGUGUCCCUGUCUGGCCAGAUUAAGGAUCUAACUGGCAAGGGCCACCCUGCAGCCCAGGGGAGGCACUCACUCCCUGUCUGCCCUUCCCUGAAGCAGAGGGGAUACCCUGCUGGCAGCAGCUAGCUCCUCAUUCAGACCCUACCGUCUAGGGGUGGCAGCUUCAUUCCUGGGGCACUGGGGCCUGGUUCUGCUUUGAAACCAAGACAAGACAACGGGAAUCCAACCAUUCUGAGUGAGUCGCUGAAGCAGGCUGUGGAGACAUGCUACCAGAUUCCCAAUUUUGUAAAAAUAAAGCUUGAUUGUUCACAGA